AUGAGUGUAUACAUGGGCCACGGGCAGAACUCUAGCAGUUUCAUGCAGGCCAGCAACUACCCGCCCUACCACCAGUCCUCGCAGGGUUACAGUAUGCUGCAGGCUUCCUACAGCACCGACGCCUUAGCUCCAAAGAUCAAGAAUCACAGCAACCAAGUGUUGAGUCCAGCCUACAUGACUGGAUACAGCCAGAUCACACCCAGCGGUCAAGGCUAUUAUCCGGGUUCUCCAGCAAGUCUGUCUUACGGUGGGGCCAGCACAGUCUCAGCAUAUGAGAACGGCUUCUACAACUAUGGGAGUUCGGCGACAGACUACUAUUCUCAGUACCCGUACAUAUCCAGCAACUCUGCCGUAAGCUCCACAUCUAAUGUGCCUUCAAACCAGACUUACCAACUCAUAGAUGCACCGGCUGCAGCAGCAACAGCAGCAGCCAUCUCAGUGCUGGACGCCACAUACAACCAGCUGGCUAGCCCUUCACCGCCAUUGAAAGAAAAUGGGCGAGUUCCCAGACCUAGAGGCAGAAGUCGAACUCAGCCGUCCCCUGGGCCAGAGUCCGACCUUGAACGAGUGUUCGUCUGGGACCUGGAUGAGACCAUUAUAAUCUUCCACUCACUGCUCACCGGAUCAUACGCCCAGCGAUAUACUAAGGAUCCACAAGGAUCGAUGUCUUUGGGUUUGAGAAUGGAGGAAAUUAUUUUCAGUCUGGCAGACACGCAUUUGUUCUUCAACGAUUUAGAGGAAUGUGAUCAAGUGCAUAUAGAUGAUGUCUCCUCAGAUGACAACGGGCAGGAUUUGAGCAACUACAACUUCACCACUGACGGAUUCCACGCAGCAGCUAAUAACGCCAGCCUAUGCCUGGCCACAGGGGUGCGAGGCGGCGUUGACUGGAUGCGAAAGUUGGCCUUUCGGUACCGCCGCAUGAAGGAGAUCUACACCACGUACAGGAAUAAUGUUGGCGGAUUGCUGGGCCAUCAGAAGAGAGAACAGUGGCUGCAGCUGCGGCAGGAGAUCGAGACUCUGACAGAUUCCUGGCUGACGUUGGCACUGAAAUCUCUACAGAUAAUUAAUUCUAGGUCUAACUGUGUUAACGUGCUUGUGACCACAACCCAGCUGGUCCCAGCGCUGGCCAAAGUUCUCCUCUAUGGACUUGGAGGAGUCUUCAACAUUGACAAUAUUUACAGUGCUACAAAAAUAGGAAAGGAGAGCUGUUUUGAGCGUAUUGUGUCGCGGUUUGGCAGGAAGUGUACAUAUGUGGUUAUAGGCGAUGGUAGAGACGAAGAGUCUGCAUCUAAACAGAUGAACUGGCCGUUUUGGCGUAUAGCGAACCAUUCCGACCUGGCUGCCUUGCAUCAUGCAUUGGACCUGAAUUAUCUCUAG